AUGCUGUCUAAACAUGUUCUGGCCCCGUCGGGGCUCCUGGCAACUCUUUUCCACGUCGCUGAGCUCUCGGCCGCGUCCCAAGCGUGUCGUCCCGAGACCUUUACCUUCCCCGACAUCCUCGGCGCCCAGCACGUCAAGACCACGGCGACAGUAGUGAGGGACUACAAGGGCUUUCCGGGACGGCUACACGAACCCGCCGUCAUCGUGCCUGCUUCCGGCGUGAGGCCGUUCUGCAACGUCACCGUGUCCUACACCCACGCGGGCCACGACGAUCUCGUCAACCUGCAUGUGUGGCUCCCACUGGAGAGGGGUGACUGGAACGAGCGGUUCAUGGGCGUCGGAGGCGGCGGCUUCGUCGUCGGAGACGUGGACGGGGAUUAUCCCUCGGCCGCCGUCCACGAGGGGUACGUUGCGGCCGUCACGGACGGCGGGCAUCUGACGGACGCGCCGGCGGACGAGUGGGCGCUCAAGAGCCCCGGGAACCUCGACUGGGCGCUGUUUGUCAACUUUGGGUACCGGAGCCUGCACGAGCUCGCGGUGGUGGGGAAGAGCGUCACCCGGGAGUUUUACGGGGGGGAAGAGGCGAGGUACGCGUACUGGAAGGGGUGCUCGACGGGCGGGCGCCAGGGGCUGGCGGUUGCGCAGAGGUAUCCCGGGGACUUUGACGGGGUGCUGAGCGUCUGCCCCGCGGUGGAGUUCCCCGCGAUGGUAACGUCGCUUUAUUAUCCGCAGCUGGUGAUGAGGGACGUUGGGUACUGGCCGAGCGGGUGCGAGUUGAGGGCGAUUGUGGAGGCCGGCGUCGAGGCGUGCGAUUUGACGGACGGGGUGAGGGAUGGGAUCGUUGGGAGAUUGGAGGAGUGCGUGUUCGAUGUGGGUAAAGUUGAGGGGAGGGCGUAUGUGUGCGACGCGGAGGAGAGGAAGGUUUCCAGCAAGGCGGUGGAGGUUGUCGAGACGGUUAUGAGGGGGGUUCUCGAUGAAGAGGGGGAGAGGAUGAUUCCGGGAUACGUGCCGGGCGUGCAGUUUGACGGGCUGCUGGCCAUGAUGAACAGCGUCUGCGAGGACGAGAAGGAUAGGACGAAGUGCAAGGGGGUCCCGUUCAGCAUCACGGACGAGUGGAUCCGUCUCUUCAUCGAAAAGGACCCGGCGUUCGACAUUGAGGCCAUGCCGAUGGACAAGUACCGGGACGUCUUCCGCCAGGGCGUGGAAGAGUUCGACUCCGUCAUCGGCAGCUCGCCGGACCUGAGGAGGUUCCGGGAGCGCCAGGGCAAGCUGCUCAUGUGGCACGGCAUGGCGGACCAGGCCAUCUCCGUCUCCGUCGUGAGAGCGUUCUACGAAAAGGCCAAGAGGCUUGAAGAGAAACGGGGCGUGGACAUUGGGGAGUACUGGAGGUACUUUGAGGUGCCCGGGGUGAACCACUGCGUCUCGAUGCAAGGCACGCCGUUCCCGUGGGACGCGUUUGAGAGGCUGAAAAAGUGGGUUGAGGAAGGGGUCGCGCCUGAGGAGUUGGAAGCGAGGAAGAUUGUGAAGAAAGGGGCGGGAAUGACGCUUGGGGACGAGGCUAGGAGGAUCUGUCUCUGGCCCAAGGAGGGCGUUUGGGAUGGGAAAGAGUGGAAAUGUUUGGAGCCGGGCGAGAAGAUCAAAAUCACGGACGAGAAGGAUGAGCUUUGA